AAGAGAAAAAGAACUGAAUGGGUGGGCUGAAUUUUCCCUUGUUUGUCACUAAAAGGUGUUUUUCUAGGCAACAUGAUUAAUGUUCCAUUCCAGCUUACUAAUCUGACUUUGCUUUGGUUCGUGAAAGUGCAUAAAAAAAAGUAGGUAGAUCUUAGAUUUGGCUUUAGCCUUUUGGGUAUUUAAGGAGGUCCUAGAUCUCCUUGCUUUGCUGUACUAGUUGGUGGUCUCUUCUAUUCGUCAUAGAAUAGAUAGGGGCCCUUUAUUAUUUAUGUACCUCCCCACUCUUUCCUGUUUCAAUAGUUCUUCUUGAAGUUUCUAUAGAUAUAAAUUAAGAUUUUAACUGAAAAAGAUGGUGAAGAUAUGCUGCAUUGGAGCCGGCUAUGUCGGGGGGCCAACUAUGGCUGUAAUUGCACUCAAGUGCCCUUCGAUCGCAGUAGCUGUUGUUGACAUUUCUGUUUCCAGGAUUGCAGCCUGGAACAGUGACCAGCUUCCCAUUUAUGAACCAGGUCUUGAUGAGGUUGUGAAGCGGCGCAGAGGAAAGAAUCUCUUCUUCAGCACUGAUGUUGAAAAGCAUGUGGCAGAGGCAGACAUAGUCUUCGUCUCGGUUAACACCCCAACGAAAACUCAGGGUCUUGGAGCUGGCAAAGCAGCAGACUUGACAUAUUGGGAAAGUGCAGCCAGGAUGAUUGCUGAUGUUUCAAAGUCCAACAAGAUUGUUGUUGAGAAAUCAACUGUUCCAGUGAAAACUGCUGAGGCAAUUGAGAAAAUUCUGUCCCACAAUAGCAAAGGGAUCAAAUUUCAGAUUCUCUCGAACCCUGAGUUUCUUGCUGAAGGGACUGCAAUUCAGGACCUUUUCAAGCCUGACAGGGUUCUGAUUGGUGGUAGAGAAACCCCUGAUGGCCAAAAGGCAAUCCAGGUACUGAAAGAUGUAUAUGCUCAUUGGGUACCAGAAGACAGGAUUUUAACAACCAAUCUUUGGUCAGCAGAGCUCUCAAAGCUUGCAGCCAAUGCAUUUCUUGCACAGAGGAUCUCAUCUGUCAAUGCUAUGUCUGCUCUCUGUGAGGCCACUGGAGCUGAUGUCUCACAGGUUUCUCAUGCUGUUGGCACAGACACCAGGAUUGGACCGAAAUUCCUCAAUGCAAGUGUUGGCUUUGGUGGUUCUUGCUUCCAAAAAGACAUACUCAAUUUGAUCUAUAUCUGUGAUUGCAAUGGCUUAGCUGAAGUAGCAAACUACUGGAAACAAGUUAUCAAAGUGAAUGACUACCAAAAGAACCGAUUCGUGAACAGGGUUGUGUCUUCGAUGUUCAACACGGUUUCAGGUAAAAAGAUUGCCAUUCUUGGGUUUGCAUUCAAGAAAGAUACCGGUGAUACAAGGGAAACCCCAGCCAUUGAUGUUUGCAAAGGGCUAUUGGGGGACAAAGCAAGGUUGAGCAUAUAUGACCCACAAGUGACUGAGGAUCAAAUCCAAAGGGACUUGACAAUGAAGAAAUUUGAUUGGGAUCAUCCAAUUCAUCUGCAGCCAAUGAGCCCCUCUGCAGUGAAGCAAGUGAGUGUAGUUUGGGAUGCUUAUGAGGCAGCUAAGGAUUCGCAUGGCAUAUGCAUUCUUACUGAGUGGGAUGAGUUCAGAAAACUUGAUUACCAAAGGAUUUUUGAAUGUAUGCAGAAACCAGCAUUUGUGUUUGAUGGUAGGAAUAUUGCUGAUGUUGAGAAGCUGAGAGAGAUUGGAUUCAUUGUGUACUCCAUUGGGAAGCCAUUGGAUCCAUGGCUCAAGGACAUGCCCGCUAUGGCAUAAGAAGGAAAUUUCUUUCAUGACGUUUGAGAAUGAGUUGGAGCUGAGCUUUCAGAAUGCAAUUUUAUUUUAUAUUUUAUCUUUUUUAUUUUAUUUUUAAAUUCAUCAGCUAAUCUGAACUAUUUGAAAACACAUGUAUUAACAGUUAGUUCUACAGUCAAUGUUGCAUUUUCUUUUCUAAAUUAAUUUUCAAUAAAGCAAAUUUUAUGACAUUUUUACU